AUUGAAGCGUUCAAAAAUCCGUGUAGUGCUUGGUGAUUACGACCAACACGUGAAUACCGAUGGAAAGGCCGUAAUGAGAGCAGUGAGCGCAGUGAUUCGUCACAGAAACUUUGAUAUGAACUCAUACAAUCAUGACGUUGCACUGUUGAGACUUCGCAAGUCCGUGAAAUUUUCGAAAACGGUUAAGCCCGUAUGCUUACCCCGAACCGGCACUGAUCCAGCCGGGAAAGAGGGGACCGUGGUGGGCUGGGGAAGAACGUCGGAAGGCGGUAUGUUGGCUGGGAAAAUCCACGAAGUACAAGUACCGAUAUUAAGUCUACUGCAGUGUCGUAAGAUGAAAUACCGAGCUAAUCGAAUCACGGAGAACAUGAUCUGUGCUGGCAGAGGCAGUCAGGAUUCUUGCCAGGGUGACAGCGGUGGACCGCUCCUCGUGCAAGAAGGUGACAAACUCGAAAUAGUUGGAAUAGUUUCGUGGGGUGUUGGAUGUGGAAGACAAGGCUACCCUGGAGUGUACACUAGAGUGACAAGGUACCUGAACUGGAUCAACACCAAUAUGAAAGAAGGCUGUAUAUGCACAACUUAA